AGAAAGAUGUUCCUGGCUACCCUAUGCUGUCUGCUGUGGACUGUCCACUUCUGCUCUGGCCAAUUCCCUCGGGCCUGCACCUCCUCCAGGAACAUUCUGGAGAAGGAAUGCUGCCCUGUGUGGAGUGGGGAUGGCAGCCCCUGUGGCCAGUUUUCUGGCAGGGGCUUCUGCCAGGACAUCUUUCUUUCAGAAGCUCCCCAGGGCCCUCAGUUCCCUUUCACUGGGGUGGAUGACCGUGAGUCGUGGCCUUCAGUCUUCUAUAACAGGACUUGCCAGUGCAUAGGAAACUUCAUGGGGUUCAACUGUGCGCAAUGCAGGUUUGGUUUCAGGGGGCCCAGCUGCAUGGAGAGGAGGCUGCUGGUAAGGAGAAACAUUCUGGCCUUGAGUGUGGCUGAGAAGAACAGAUUCCUGGCUUACCUGACCCUGGCCAAGUACACCACCAGUACUGACUAUGUCAUCCCGAUAGGCACCCAUGGCCAGAUGGCUAAUGGCUCAGAUCCUAUGUUCAGGGACAUCAGCGUCUAUGACCUUUUUGUGUGGAUGCACUACUAUGUGGCUAGGGACACACUGCUUGGGGGCACCCAGGUCUGGAGGGAAAUUGACUUUGCACACGAGGCUCCAGGCUUUCUUCCCUGGCACCGGCUUUUCUUGCUGCUCUGGGAACAAGAGAUUCAGAAAUUGACUGGUGACCAGAACUUCACCAUCCCCUACUGGGACUGGAGGGAUGCCCAGGGCUGUGAUAUCUGCAGAGAUGAAUACAUGGGGGGGCGCCACCCUGUGAACCCCAAUCUGCUCAGCCCUGCAUCCAUCUUCUCUUCCUGGCAGGUUGUCUGUAGCCAGCUGGAAGAGUACAAUAGCCGCCAGGCUCUGUGUGAUGCCAGUCCUGAGGGCCCCUUGCAGCGCAAUCCUGGGAACCACGACCAAACCAGGACCCCAAGGCUACCCUCCUCAGCAGAUGUGGAAUUCUGCCUGAACCUUACACAGUAUGAGUCUGGCCCCAUGGACAAAUCUGCCAAUUUUAGCUUCAGAAACACACUGGAAGGAUUUGCUAGUCCAGUCACUGGCAUAGCGGAUGCCUCUCAGAGCAGCAUGCAUAAUGCCCUGCACAUCUACAUGAAUGGAACCAUGUCCCAGGUCCCUGGCUCUGCUAAUGACCCCAUCUUCCUCCUCCACCACGCCUUUGUUGACAGCAUUUUUGAGCAGUGGCUCCGAAGGCAUCGUCCUCCCCAAGAAGUCUACCCAGCAGCCAAUGCACCUAUUGGGCAUAACCGGGAGUCCUACAUGGUACCUUUCAUUCCACUAUACAGAAAUGGUGAUUUCUUCAUCUCAUCCAGAGAUUUAGGCUAUGACUAUAGCUAUCUACAAGAGCCAGAUGCAGACUUUUUUCAAGAUUACAUUAAGCCUUACUUGGAACAAGCUGGAAUGAUUUGGCCAUGGCUCCUUGGAGCAGCUUUUCUGGGGGCUAUUCUCACAGCUGUCCUGAGAAGGCUAGCAAGCCUAUGCUGUCAUCACAAGAAGAAGCAGGUCGCUGAAGAAAGACAGCCACUACUCAUGGAAAAGGAGGAUUACCACAACAUACUGUAUCAGAGCCAGUUAUAAAAGGCUUACACAACAGAAAUAGGCCUAAGAGUGUAAACAGAUGCUGAAUCAAGGGUUGUUCAAAUCUCCAGAACCCCUAACCCUAACCCUAACCCUAACCCUAACCCUAACCCUAAUCCUAACCUUUACCCUAACCCUAACCCUAAGAGAAAAUCAUGGGUUCUGGCUGUGAACACCAUUUACAUAAUUAUAAUCAAAUACAAAACAACUCAGGUAAGACAGACACUUCUAUGCUCCCAUGGCUGGUUUUGCUCAGACUUUGACAGCUGUCUGCCAGUUCCUAUUUCUGAAGAAAGGGGAAUUUUGGUAACAAGCAACUGUUACUUAUAUCUGAAUUAAAGGGCUCUUACAAAAUUUGGGAAAAAACUGUAAUUUUCCCUGCUGACUGCUUUAUGACA